UGUUUUGUAUUAUCUUUUCUAACUGGCGAGCGGCAACACUGGCGCAAAUGCAUACCUUUGGACAAUGUAGUUCACAAUGAUACAUUCCCUCAUUGCUUCUUCGUGGACAGCAUACAUUUCCCGGCGUCCUUUGCAGCUGCUGUGGUCUGUGUUGUUUUCCUGCUCAGACGCGGCUAGUUCAAGUUGCCAUAGCACGGCUGUUCUUCUGUUAGCUAUCACUUUCAAAGCGAAAAACCAACGGCUCUGGCUUAAGCAUUUGUUUUUCUCUGUUUCCGCCGGACAUAUGGAGUAUUUUGUCGUUUCCACGGUAUUGUCACAAGUCUAAAAUAGUUGGCUAACAUUGGGGUAGCUAGCUAACGUUCAUAGUAGACACCACUUGUUGCUAGCCAGAGGAGCAUCACUCAACAAUGGCCAACACAGUGAUUUAUUGGGAAGAGGGCAGUUUGAAUUGCAGUGUUUUGCUGGUCAGAUAGCUUUCUGUCUCUAAGGGCUGUCAAGGUAACGAUGACAAAGCUCUCAUUUCCGCUAGCUAUGACAAAAAUAUCCAUUGUAAAGAAAGUUAAGAAACAGCCCAGUUUGCUCGUUAAUCUGAUUAACGUUGCAGUUAUCAGUUAGCGUUUCCUGGUCACUAAUCGUCGUUUGACCUAGUCAGCCGUUUAUCGCCCCCUUAACUAUAAACCUGCCAUGUCCCAAACUAUGGAUACAUCCAGCGAGACAGAUUCAUUCGACAGGACGCCGGUGCACCGGCAACGGGGGCGUGAAGCCCACCGCAGAGCCGGCCGGGACAGGGGCAGAUCCAGUGGGAGUGGAGGUGAUGGUCGAGCCGCAGACAUCUCCGACAAGAUCAGUACACUGGCAAACACUUUACAGGACGCCAGUCGGAACUUGACUAAAGUAGACCGGAUGCUGGGUCAUUACAGGGAGCAUACAGAUGAUCAGGCUGAAGCCAUGGCCCUGCUCAAGGAGAACCUGGAGGAGUCAAUCAGUCAGCUGCAGACUCAGAGGGUGAGGAGAUCCAAUGGGGCUAGGAGUGCUUCUGCUUCAGCCUCCAGCUUGCAUACCAGUGACCUGGAGGCUUGCUCAGAAUCAGAUGGCCAGCGUUUCUACCCUACUUCUCCACUGAAGGACUAUACAAGCACCACAGGAAGGAGGCGGAGGUCUCAGUCUGCCAGUGUUCGCUUCAAGGAUGCCAGCCUAACAGGAGAAGAUAUUCACACUCUGCAUCAAUCCUUGAGGGAUCUGUGUUGUGACCAGCAAAGAAUGUCUACUGACCUGGAUAGAGAAAUCCUCAGGAGAAAUAGGGUUGAUAUUGACACGAGGCGAGCGAUGGAGAACCUCACAGAGCACCUGACAACUUCCCCGAGACAGGCCUCGGUGUCAUCUCGUGUGGAGCAGCGUCUGCAGGAGCUGGAGAGAGAGAUGCACACUGAGAAGAAUAGAGCCGAGAGAGGGAGAAGGCCUGAUCAGCAGGUGGCUGUGUCUGACGAGCUGCAGGAGACUUCAGGGAGACGCCAAGUUCAAGCCCGUGAGAGAGAGGAAGCUGUUACAGCCAGACUGCUGAAAGCCGACAGGGAGAAAUCCAAGACGGAGCAGGAGCUGGAGAGAGCUAGAAGACUGCUUGAACAGUCUGAGGAUAGCAGAGAGUCUCUUGUUCAACAGGUGGAGGACAUGCGCGGUGAGCUGCUGAGGACAAGGAAGGAGAAGACUGAGCUUCAGAGGGCCCGGCUGGAGACUUCUCAGUCCAUUGCUCAGCCACAUGGCAGCCACGCUGACAGGGAGGAGGGAAGAGGAGGACAACGAGGGCCAGAUCGUUUCGACCUGGAAAAAGAAGUGGCAGAGCUGAGAACCCAACUACGCGCUGCUUCAGUCCAAAGUGAGGUUGAAGAACUGAAAAGGACUCUGGACCGCAAAGAGAAGGAGAGGGUCCAACUCAGCCUACAGCUGGAGGAAUUGUCAUCAGACCUGGCGCGGCGGGAGCAACAGCAGCUACGAAUGCUGGAGCAACUGAGGGAGAUGCAGAGCCGAGGGCAGGCAGAGAGGAGAGAGACGGAGGCAUUACUCCAGGAGAGCACGAGGAGCAGAGAUGAAUUGAAGACCAGGGCCCAAGAGGCUGUGCGCCAGUGGAGGGCAAAGUGCAGGAGACUGCAGAAGGAGCUGGAGGAGGCGAGGGCCCAGGCUCAAUACCAUACCGACAAAGCCUCACAGGCAGCCAGGGAAAAGGAGAGCUCUCAGGCCCAGCUGAAGGCGCUGAGCCAGCAGACUGAGGCGGCCCGCAGAGAGCUCGCUGAAAUCCUAGGCCGCCUGGCCCAGCGUGAAGAAGAGCUCCACCGCAAGGACGUAGAACUGUCUGAGACCCGCCAGCGCCAGUUGUCACUGGAGCAGGAAAUCCGGGAGGUGAAGGAAGCCUCAGCUGCCCUGGAGGAGGAGACUCAUCGUGUGGCUGCUGUCCAGGCAAGACUGAAGGAAGAGAACCAGAGGCUGGAAGAACGAGCUGACACCCAAGCCCGUCGAAGUCUGAGAGACCAGGACACGCACGCCGAGCUCCAGGCCUCCCUUAAGCAGAUGACCUCAGCCCAUGCUCACCUAGUCCAGCGAUUGGCUGAGGAGGAGAACUCUAAGAAGGAGCUCCAGAAAAGCUCCUUGGAGCUCCAGGCCAAGCUGACAGCAGCACAGAAGGAGCGUGCUGCACUGGGGCAGCAGCUGCAGCUGGAGAGAGAGGUGCAUCAGAAAGAACUGGACAACACCAAGGCGAUGAUGGAGGACAGCAGGACAAAGAAGUAUCGUGAAGUGCAGGACCUGCUCAAGCUCUGCCGCCAGGAGCGGGAUGAAAUGCAGGCAGACCUGAAGGAGGUUAAGGCAGAUGCAGCGUCAGACAAGGAGCUGUGUGGGGCGCUGCGCUUCAAGUUGGACAGGAUGAAGGAUGAGUGUGAUAAGCUGGCAGCACAGCUGAGCACAAAAGACGAGGCGCAUACACUUCUCCACAGAAAGUACCAGCUACUCAAACAGGAACUGGAUGACAAAGUCAGGUCAGGUGAGCGGAGACGUGCCUCAGAGACGGAGCUCGUUAAGCUGGAGGAGAAGGUGCUGCGGAUGGAAGCAGAUCAAGAAGCAGUCCUUACUUCCAUUGGUGAGGAACUAGAUUCAGCUUGUCGGAGUCUGGCAAGGAACGGUGAAGACAAACUACAGGCGAUCUCCCAGAAACCUGGAUUAGUGACAGACCCCCACCGCUGGCUGGCUGAGACAAAGAUCAAGAUACGCUGGCUGUGUGAGGAGGUGCGGGAUUUCAGCACAAGAGAACAGCGCUCGAGGAAGCAGCAACAACAGACCAGGGAUCAGUUGAAGGCCCUGAGGCAGAGUCGGGACUCAGAGCAGGAGGUUCUCCUACAGCGCCUGGACCAACAGGAGAAGCUGCUGCACUCCCUCAGCACUGAAAAGAGAGAGCUGUUGGAGCGGAGUCGCAGGAAGGAGGAAGAAAUGAGGAGCCUUCAGGACCGUGUAUUGGAUUUGGAGAUGAACACAAGAGUAGCCCUGGACCACUUGGAGUCACUUCCAGAGAAGCAGUGUCUGAUGGAGAACUUCAAAGAUUUGGAGGAGUCACAGCGGCAGAGGGAGAUGGUAGAGCAGCGCUACACCAAAUACAAAGAGAUCGUCUGGGACCUGCAGCACCAGCUGGACGAGUCCAAACGCAGAAUCCAGGAGUACAGAGACGAGAAGCUGGACACCACUUCCAGGAGCCUGAGGCUGGCUGCUCUUUCUUCCUCUAUCAAAGGCCCCAGCACGUUCCUGAGCAGCUCGCUGAGAUCUGACACCCAGUCGCCUCACAAACGCCUGGCCAGUUCAGACCUGGAUGACUCCUCAGUCAACGGGGCCAAAGCCUUCACAGAUUAGCUCAACCUCAAGUGAACCUUUAUCUGUAUCUCUACAAACCCAAACACACGGUGCUUACAGCUGAUUCUACCUGCCCGGUGCUCAUCCAGAACAAAGAAACAACUUGACUGUAGGAGGCCUUGCACUCAACACUAAUCCUCCUCGACUACCUCAACCAGGCAAUCACUGAAGGUGCUCAAGAGCAGAAGGGUAAGACUGAGAUUUCACAGCAAACUUUGAGAAAUACUUUGAAAGAGAAGAUGGACACUGUAAAGAAGGAUAUACUGUAGAGUGUUUAAAUCUAUUUAUAAGAAAAUGAACUGAAUGUAUUUAAUGGAUUUGAAAUAAAUAAACCAAAAUAGUUUGACUGUUACAUUCCUUGCCAUUGUUCCAGCAUUUUAACUACUACAGCUGUUUUAAAUAUUGUUUACUUUACAGCCAAUCUGUACUCUUAUUAUCAUGCCACUGUGUUUGUGCUAAAUGACUCUAAACAAUCAAAACACUGGUGCCUUUUAAGCAAUAUGUAGUUUUUUAUGAAAUACAGUGUUGUCUCCAUCAUGAAAAUGUGACAUGUUUUUACCAUCUCUUUUAAUGUAUUCACCAUUUUUCUUUAUGACAUGCAGUAUGUAUUUGUAAACGGAGACAAUAAGCACAUAUAGAUGUCUAUUUUUUAUGAAAUGUGAAGAAAGUAUAUGCACUAUGAAUAAAUCCCCAUGCAGCCAAAUGUCUGGUUUUAAAGUA